UUACAGACCUUGGAAGCAAGAGGAUUGCAUUCAGCCUAGUUCCUGGUUGCUGGCCAAAGGGAUCAUGGACAUUGAAGCAUAUUUUGAAAGAAUUGGCUAUAAGAACUCUAGGAACAAACUGGACUUGGAAACAUUAACUGACAUUCUUGAGCACCAGAUCCGAGCUGUUCCCUUUGAGAACCUUAACAUGCAUUGUGGGGAAGCAAUGGAGUUGGGCUUAGAGACUAUUUUUGAUCACAUUGUAAGAAGAAACCGGGGUGGGUGGUGUCUCCAGGUCAAUCAACUUCUGUACUGGGCUCUGACCACAAUCCGUUUUCAGACCACAAUGUUAGGAGGGUAUGUUUAUAUCCCUGCAGCUAACAAAUACAGCACACACAUGGUUCACCUUCUCCUGCAGGUAACCAUUGAUGGCAGGAACUACAUGGCUGAUGCUGGGUUUGGAGGCCCCUCCCAGAUGUGGCAGCCUCUGGAAUUAAUUUCUGGGAAGGAUCAGCCUCAGAUGCCUUGCAUUUUCCGCUUGACAGAAGAGGAAGGAAUCUGGUACCUGGACCAAAUCAGAAGAGAGCAGUAUAUUCCAAAUGAAGAAUUUCUUAAUUCUGAUCUCCUGCCAAAGAAGACACACCAAAAAUUGUACUCUUUUACGCUUGAACCUCGAAAAAUUGAAGAUUUUGAGUCUAUAAAUACAUACCUGCAGUCUCCAACAUCUGCAUUUACAACCACAUCAUUUUGUUCCUUGCAGACCCCAAAAGGGGUUCGCUGUUUGGUGGGCUUCACACUCACCUAUAGAAUAUUCAAUUACAAAGACAAUACAGAUCUGAUCGAAUUUAAAACUCUGAUUGAGGAAGAAGUUGAAGAAGUGCUGAAAAAUAUAUUUAAGAUUUCCUUGGGGAGAAAGCUUGUGCCCAAACCUGGUGAUGGAUUCUUUACUAUUUAGAAUAAGGAACAAAAUAAACCCUUGUGUAUGUAUCACCCAACUCACUAAUUAUCAACUAAUGUACAAUCACAUAUCCUCUCUACCCUCACAUUAUUUUGAAGAAAAUCCUAGACAUCAAAUUCAUACAUAAAAUACCAGCAUUUAUUGGAAAACAAUAACCUUUUAAAGAAACAUAAGGACACAUUUUCAAAUUGAUAAAAAUAAAGACAUUUUAAGAAUGGCAUGUGAUUAUCUUGGGAAUCAGAGUGAUUCAUGCUAGAAAACAUUUAAUAUUGAUUUAUUGUUGAAUUCAUAGUAAAUUUUUACUGGUAAAUGAAUAAAGAAUAUUGU